AUGUGUGUGUGCGUGUGUGUGUGUGUGUUAACAGCUGUGCCAGCACCCCCGGUGAAUGUAUCGGUGACCCAGCUGAGGGCACACUCGGCCAUGGUGACCUGGAAUGUCCCUCAGGGAGACACCGUCAUCGGAUACGCCAUCUCACAGCAGAGGCAGGACGGCCUGAUGCAGCGCUCCAUACGAGAGGUGAACACGUCCAGCCGCUGGUGUGUGCUGUGGGACCUGGACGAAGACACACACUACAGUGUCCAGGUGCAGUCCGUUGGGCCGCACGGUGACAGCCCACCCAGCCGUGCCGUCCACUUCAGGACUCUGGAGAGGACCGACCAUUAUCCAGCCGGAGUCCUGGACCACCAUGAGCCAGCGAUGGAGGGUCUGGGUAUGACUCCACAACUGGAGACUGGAGAGCUGCUGAUCAUCACCACUGUGCUGUUGCUGUGGGCAGCCGUCAUCGCCCUUUUCUGCCGGCAGUACGACAUCAUCAAAGACAACGACUCCAACGGCACCAAGGAGAAAGCCAAGCGGCCGCUGGUCCGAGCCACUUCCUCCUACUACAAUGCCUCAGCUGGCAGCUCGCCCAUCUACCACAACGGAGCCGUCCGCAGCAGCAGGCUGCACAGGGCCUCCUCCUCCAUCAGCAUCAUCAGGGUCUGAGAUGCGGGUGCCGGAUCGGAGCCUCUUGGACAAGCGAGGAGGAUUUACAAACUCAGAGUCCAAUCUAUUGUAAAAUAUGGGCCGAGUAAGGAACCACUCCAUGCAAAUCAGACUGAAAUGAGAGCGAGGAGCCAUGCUGCGGAGACCGUGGACGGCUGCUGCUCUCUAGUGGCCAGAGACUCGGGGGGCUCAGAAACAGCUGGAAGGAAGCUGGACUCAUCUGAAGUGCGGCCAAACUAAUCUCCCGUUUUCUUCUCUCUGAUGUCAAAGACUGAAGUGUGAAUAUUUGCCAGCAUGUCGGCCCGACCGUGUGCCAAGUCCCACUCGCCUCAGACUCAUUCAUUUUCAGCAGACAUUCUUUCAUCUCGGGUGUUCAGCUCAUCCCUUUUUCUUUUUACCCGCUGUAGAACCACACGUUUGAAAUCCUGUCUGGAUGGUUAUUUAAUGGGAUUAAUUCACAUUACUUUCAUGUUCGGUAAUUUAGCAUCGCAAUUCAAAUCUGUACAUAGGCUGAAGGUGAUUGUAAAGGUAAUUCACAGAAGCAUUUGAAUGUAGGAGGUGGUAGUGGGGAAUUUACAUUGUAAAACAAUUCAUAAUUAGUUUAAUUAAAUCAUUGAAAUUGUGUGAUCGCCUUUUAAAUUAAGUUUAAGCUUUUUGUUUUCUCAGAGUUUCUAAAAGCAGAAAUGAUGUGAACAACUCUCAAGAUAUAUCACCUGAAGUUUCCAGCAGCUUCUCUUGUUGUUUCGGAUUUUGUUAAAAGGUUUUAUUUCUAUCUGAGCCACUUAAAAGUACAGCUCUAAACCUUGUCUGUCCCUCAAAAACACCUAUUUUUACAGCUUAACUUACACUCAAUGGCCACUUCAUUAUGCAUGUCUGAUAAACAGCUCAUUAAGCAUUAAAAUUUCUAAUUAGCCAAUCAAGUGCAAGCAACUCAGGGCAUGUAGACAUGGUCAAAAUGACUUACUGAACAUAAGCUCAAACAGAGCUGGACAGUAGAAGAUUUGAAAAAUGUUGCCUGGUCUGAUGAUUCUCAAUUUCUGCUACAACGUUCAGAUGGUUGAGUCAAAAUUUGGUGUAACAACAUGAAAGCAUGGAUCCAUUCUGUCUUGUACUAACCGUUCAGGCUGCUGGUGGUGUCAUGAUGUGGGGGGUAUUUUCUUGGUACACUUUGGGCCCCUUAGUACCAACUGAGCAUAAUUUAAACACCACAGCUUAGAGCAUUGUUACUGACCAUGUCCAUCCCUUUAUGACCACAGUUUACCAUCUUCUGAUAACACGCCAUGUCACAAAGCUUAGAUCAUCUCAAACUAGUUUCUUGAACAUGACAAUGAGUUCUCUGUACUCAAAUGGCCUCCACAGUCACCAGAUCUCUAUCCCAUUGAGCACAUUUGGGAUGUGGUUGAACAUCAAAUUCUAAUCAUGAAAGGCCAAACCAGUGUACCCAAUAAAGUGUCUGGUAAAUCACAACAUUAGCGACAUCAACUCUAGGUAGAAAACCAUUUGCAGUUGCGUUUGCCAACAGAAAACAAAAUGUGAAGCAAUUAGAGGUACUCUCUGAACACCAGACAUCCCUGGACGUUGUCCUCUGGGCACUUUUAGAAAGACGUUUCUUUAUGUCUAAAUUUGUUUAAAAAAAUGUAAGUUUAGUAAACAUCUACAACACAACCAGCUGUUGUAGCUGUUUGUUCUCCUGCUGCAGAACUGUUCAGUUUUUAGUGAAACUCGCACACAGAAAUGACCUGAUCCUUGUUCCCAGUGGAUCUGAAUUCUUAUUGGUUUGUGCAAUACAGCCAACCAAUGACAAGUAACCUCAUAAGAGUAAGCCAUAUUUUGGGAUGGAUGAUGUAUUCUCAGUAUACUGGUUGCAGUAUAUUGAGUUUAAAGCCUAUAAUAUAUCUGGAUAGAUGACAUCUCAUUGCCAUUAUGCACAAUAUGGACACUUAGUGAAUUUUCUCGUGCCAAAAGCCAAACUUUCUGUCUUUGGAAAGGUCCUCUGAAAAAGCUUUUAGGCCAGGGUACAUAAUCAAACUGCAUCAAAUGCUAUUAUCUGCAAAGCCAUUAUUUUCUGUCAUGGGUUCAUCAAGCAGGAAAUUAACAUGAAAUGUUGUCAGUGUGAGCCUACUGGUGCAUUAGGAUGAUUAGCAGAUCACCAGCUAAUCAAUAGGCACCGUUUGCAGGAGUGCAGAUGUUAACAUCAAUAAGGUUUUGCAUCAGUGCACACAAACACGUGACACUUUUGCUGCUCAAACAGAAAAAUCCUUUUGAUGGAGCUAAGACUGAGUUUGAAGCUUUUAUCUGCCAUGUUUUAUAAAUGGACUUAAACAAAUAUCAAUUUUGAUAACUGCUGUAUGCAGAUUGGACACAAGGUGGCGCCUGAACUCCAUCACAUACAGUUUUUUGUUCUGCAAGCUGCAGGGGUAUUUGUGCAUCUGCAUCUCUGUCCGUGCAGGUAAAGCAUCUAAGACGAGAUCAUAGAUUUAAAAUGAGCUUUUUUUUUCUUUGUUUGUUUUAAUGCUAUUAUUGUACUGGAUUGCUCUGAUGCAUGGAGAAUCUGAGAAAGUUUUUUUCUCUAAGAUUUCAGUGACUUCACUGAUUAUGAAUCUAAAAACAUCUAUUUUUCAAAGCAAAAAGAGUUUUGCUUAAUACUAUCCUCUUUUCAGAGGAUUAUUCAUCCCAUUCUUCACACGUUAGCAGAUGAUCAACACCAUCAGAACCUGGCCUGCAGUUAACGAGAGGCAAGGUCUGCAUAUCAUUCAGAAGUAAGUGUAUAUUUCUGCUUCACUUGAAUAAAGGGAAAUGUCACUAAUUCACCUCACACAGAGCGUGAUUUGCAGCUGUAAGGCUUUCCGGGUCAGAGGUCACAGGAAGGAAGGGCUUCCACCUCAGGCACGUGUCGACCUUCUGAGUUAAAAGUGAAAUAUGUUCCUGAAAUGUUUUGUCCUCUCUUCCUAAAAACAAAAAGACAGGAGUGGAGGAAUCCUCAGUGACUGCGGAGGUAAAGGGCAGGUCGCCUUCACCAACAGUCUGAAAUAUCACGGCUUGCCCGGGGCUCGUCAUCCUCUUUGAUGCUCUGAGGGAGUCUGCGACAAGUCUGUGGUAAUACUGAGGCAGAGGAGCGAGGGAACAGGAUCGAUCAAGCGCUGCUGACUGAAUCAUUGACUGUGGAUAAAUCCUCUUCUUUAAUGUUGUACUGACUCUCCCAUCACAUUUCCUCUUUAAAAGGGAAAAAAAAACAUCCACUUUCCUGCCGGUGCCAGGGAUUCAUUCUCAGUUAAUGAGAUUUUAAUCAGACAUACAUAACAGCACCCUCCACACUGACAUUUAAAGAAGUCAUUAAGGUUUGCCUUUAAAAGGUGUUCGAAUGUUCUCUACAGUACGCUCGACCCACACAUAUCCUGACCAGAUAUGUAUUUUUUAAAUUAUUUUAUUCCAUCCAAUUAAAAUUCGGUAAGAUACCCUCACAUGUUUCUCAAGCUGAAGUGAAAUUAAAGAUCAAAUUAACAAUCUGUCAUGCCACCAGUCAGAUGAUCAUAUAAAUAGGCUAAAAUAUUCCAGAACCAGCACACAUUAGCUUGCCCAAUGGAUACACUGUGUAGAGACUGCACAGUAUCCAUUGUACACGCUUAUACACUUAACUGUAAUGUGCAAUUUUACACAUGUUUUCUUCCAAUUAAAGAGUUGUGCCGCCA